GCACACCGAAAAAUGGGAGCUGAGAAAAAGGAAAAAACGUAGCAAAAGAAACGAACGUUCUAAUGCUCUCUCCACUCUUCUCCCUCUCUUUCUCUGUCUCUUUCUCGGCUGUUUUUGGUUGGGUUGAAUCGGUGGUUACUGGGUUUAAGUGGUGGGUUGUUUCGGUGGUUGCUGGGUUCGGUGUUGGUCGUUUGGGCGUAGCUUUUUCGGUUAUAAGAGAGAAAAGUAGUAGAAGGGGAAAGAAGUUUUAAAAAGAGAAAACCAUUGAAGCUCAAGCCAAAGAGCAAAGAGUAACUGUACUGAGUUUCUCAAUCGAGUUUCCGAGUCAUGGACGAGACAAUCCUUACCUCUGAUAAACCAUCCAACUCGUCUCCACUCAACCCUCCUUCCAGGUCCAUUUGCCAUGUUUGUCAGAAGCAAUUUUCACAAUAUACAUGCCCCCGAUGCAAUUCGCGAUACUGUUCCCUCCAAUGCUAUAAGUCUCAUAGUCUUCAAUGUACUGAGUCCUUCAUGCGAGAAAAUGUAGUUGAGGAGCUUCAACAGAUGCAACCUGAUGAUGAAACUAAACAGAAAAUGCUGGACAUAUUGAAACGGUUCCAUUCAGAAGAGGAAACUGAUAGCAUGGAUGUGGAUGAUUCAACUCUGACUGAGGAGACCAUACAAAAGAUUUUGUCUGGAGAUCAAAUAAGUUUUGAUGAUUUAUCUGCAGAGGAAAAAAUAAGGUUCCAAAGAGCGAUUGCAUCUGGAGAACUGAGUAAGAUGAUUGAGCCAUGGGAACCAUGGUGGUUGAAGCCUUCUGCCCGAAGAGUAUCUCUCAGCAAGGAAGGAACUCAACUUGUCCAACCACUUGCGGAACACAAAGUGUCAGUAUCACUGCAAGAUGAUGAUCUAGAAAGUUACCAAUCAAGUGAGAUUCCUCCUGGCCCCGAAAGCCCACUACCUCCGGUUAGCAAGCUUAGUUCUGCAGAGCCAUCACCACUAUUAACUGUUCACUUGGUGGACAUUUUAUAUAGCUACUGUUUUACACUUCGCCUCUACAAUGGAGAUUGGCAAUCAGAUGCCAUAGGAUCAGCCCUGGUGGUGUUGAGCAUGUCCUCUGUCUUGGGUCAAGGUGGGCAGCCAGAAACAGUGUUGGAAGCUUUGUCUUAUUGCUUAGAGCAAAUUUGCUCUCCAGCUUACAGACACAUGGGUGGCUUGCAAUUUGGAUUGGGUCUUAUUGAUGAUGUAAUAAGCUUACUUUCUUUAGGAAGUUCUGCUUUAGUGUGCUUGCUUUCUGAUAUGCGUAGGUUGAUUCAAGCUGGGGAGAGGGAACUGAAGUCAGAGAAACAAAAAAAGUUGAGAAGGGUAGAAAUUAGGAGUAAGCUCAAGUUUGCUGAGAGGAAGAUUUAUUUCAUUAUGUGUUGGGUUUAUGAGCAGCCAAGUGAAGCUUGGUCUUCCCUAGCAACCAUUGUAGAAGCAGAGAAAAGUUCAGUCAUGAAUUAUGGAGGCAAUAAGCAAUCUGUCAAAAGGAACAAUACGUCAGAAACCAAAGGCAAGGUUUUGAUUGAAGAGAUUGAAUGAAUUACCAUUAUCAUAUACUUUUUUAUUUUCUUGAGGAAGAGGGAAGAGUGGUGGUAUUCAAUGAUGUUACUGUAAAAUGCUUUUGUAUAUUUAGCUUUUGUAGACCAGGCAAUAACAUCAACAAUGUAUUCGAGCAUGACCAAACUAGGUUAGUUGAGACUUUUGAGACAAAUGCUUAUAGACAAGCAAGAGAAUUUUUAUGCUCUCUUGUGGCUUUAGCUCAAUGAAAAUUUUGCAAUGCCGACAGUAUUCU